CGGGGAUUAUUCAUAACAGAAAAUGGUUUGAAGAAAAACAAAAAAUGUGUUUGUAAGGACAGAUCUGAUCUCAAGGAACAGUCAUAAUGUUCAAAAUGGCUUGUAAAGGAAAACUUAUUAAUAAAGCGUUAUAUACGACGCUAAUGGUUGUGAUUUGUCUUCAGUUGCUCAGUACACUGGAACGACAAGUGUUUGAUUUUCUGGGGUAUAUGUGGGCGCCCAUUAUUGCCAACACAGUUCAGAUCAUCUGUUGCAUUUUAGGAAUUUUUGGAACAUAUCAGAUGAAAGCUCAGUUUGUAGUAGUGUAUUCAACAUGGUCAUUAAUGUGGUUAGGAUGGAAUAUAUUUGUCAUUUGUCUGUACUUAGAAGUUGGUGUUCUAAAUAGAAACAGAGAUUUGUUUAUAUUAACCAUUGGUACUAAGAACAAGAGUUGGUGGUUAGAACAUGGAAUCGGAUGUAAAAUCACUAAUGACACAUGGAUGAGUGAUAAUCCGGUGAAGACUAGUCGUCUUAUUCCUCCCGAGGAGGCAGUGGAAGGAUGUCUUCUGGAUUAUUACUAUGUGGAAGUUAUCCAUGCAGGUGUCCAGUGUCUGUUAGCCUUGAUUGGGUUCACUUCUUCAUGUGUCAGCAUAUCCGCAUUCAAUGAAGAAGAAGAAAGUUCGACUCAAAAAUGUGUCACGGAAAACACAGGAAAAUCUUCAUCUUCAGCAAAUGAUGAACUAGAGUUUGUUAAAAUGUAUUCCAAUUCCUCUCCCUCCAGACGUCGAUAUCAAAGUAAUGACAAUAUGACUCUAUCGUACGACAACCACGGUAGUGAAUUCCCCACGCUUGACCGACCACCGAGUUACGAGACCAGCAUGAGAGAGAGCACCACUGUUAAUGACAUUUACGGUGCCGAUCGACGCAGUGUUCGAAGUUUACGCAGUGUCAGAAGCAAAGCUAGUAAUAAAUCGAAAACAAAAAGUGAAAGACGAGAAGAACUACCCUGGGUGCAGAUUACGCCGUCAUCAAACAACAUUGAUCAGCCAUUCCGACAUUACCCCUAGAUACUCUGUAGAUGCUGGAAAUCACUGGUUCUGUGUUCAGUCCAUUGAUGCAUGUAUUUUGUAGUAUUUGUAAUUCUAUACUAUCAUUUUAGGUACAUUAAUGUGAAUCCAUAUGGAAAAUUAUAUUACAUGAAUGCAUGUGUGAAGAAGUUUGGUGAUAAUGCACACAGAUUGGAUGAAAAUUGGCUGUCAGACUGAAAUAGCUCUUGUAUUUUGUACCCAAUAAUGAUACUUGCAUGUUCAUGUUUUAUGUGAAAUGGAUAUUGUGAAUUGCAUUUGGGACUUAAAUUUAAAUUAUAUCGGAUAUUUAAAGUCAUAAGAGUAAUAGAAAUCUAUAAUACGAACGACUGUUAGCAAUAUAGUCCCUGUGGGUUCUGUAAGAGUUUUCCCACCUAUUUUAAAAUUGUACUGUGGGGAAACAUUUUGAUUGUACUUUACAGUUCAUUGACCUGUGGAGGGUUGGAAUUCAAUAUGGAAACAAUCUUUAUUGGUCAGAUAUACGAUAUGUACAUAGAGUCAAAUAUUUCUGUAACUUAUUAUUUUAGCUUUUUUUUUGCUAUCGUCAGACAUCCGCAUCCUGUUAUGGGGAGGCAACUCUUAAUGGUGCAAUUGAAAAACGCAGUCUUCAUUAUCAUCAGUGAACACUUGGAAUCAAUUUACCAUUUGUGAAUAAACUCUUGCUUCAAGAUGUCACUAAGUGUGUAGCAUUAUAGUUCAAAAUAUAUAAAGACAAAUUUGAUACAGCUAUGUACCAGUAUAUUGUUUUGUUCUUUGUUCAAAUGGUCUAUUUUUAGAGUUCUCAAGUUGAUGUUUUGCAAAUGUUUCUCCCUUUAUAUUUGUACAUGUACACAUACAUGUUUAAAAUAGAUCUGAAUGUUUGAUGUUAAGAAAUGCCAGAAGCUGAAUUUUAAGAAAAUGAAUGUUUUUCUUCAAAUUCUUGAAAGAAAAUUUAAAAAAUCAAGGCAGAUUUUAAGAAAAUGAAGAAAAAACUACAAACUGAUGGAGUGUAAAAAUGAAAGUGUUUAGCUCGUACUUAAUUCUUAAGAUUUUAACAAUUAUUUCAGCAGUGCCAUGUAGAGAUUGUGAUAAAAGUGACUGGUAGUGUGUGUGGUUUGUAGAUUUUUUUUUAAAUUAAGAACAAAAUGUAUUUGGAAUGAUUGUGAAUGUGUGUUUGUUUGUGUUUGUGUGUGCCUAUUCAUUAUGUUCACUGAUCAAAAAUAUGAACUUGUGUAUAUAAUUAGGUUUAUUAAGAGAUUUACUUAGAUUCUAAUUUGUCCACUUGUCAUCUAGCUUUAAGAGGAAAGUAAAACUUGCCUGCAAAUAUGCCUUGUGUAUACUGAUUGCAGGGUUAGUUUUGCCCUAUGCUUCUUUAGCCCGCUAACACUUGCAAACAAUUAUGCCCCAUUUUAAAUUUGUUCAAACUUAGUUGGGUAAAAAGAGAUAAUGUUGUCUUUUUGAAUUCACCCUGUUUUAAAUUCACCUUGCAAUAAGGGCAAAAGGGGCAAAAAUAAUUUACCUGCAUACAGUAAAUAUUUGCAAGAAAAUACCAGUGUAUGCAUAUGUACUACAAUGUAGUUUUUUUUCUGGUUAAACAGGGUUUGUUUAUAAACUGGCAGGAUGUCUAUUAGCAAUUUUACAAGAGAAGUCAGGAUAUUAUGUCAUUCCUGAUUUAAAAAAAAAAAGAUUGAAAUAUUAUUUACUCUGUGAAUAUAUAAACUUCCGUUGAAUAAAAUAUUAUCUAGCUGCAUCAGCAGAUAAACAUUGCAGAUACAUAGCUUGUAUUUUGGAGAAGUGUCAUGUGCAUCUACCUCCAUUUUUAUUUAUUAGACAGUUGUCUUUUAUUUAAAUAUAAUAUGUGAAAGAGUAAAUAUGUACCCAGUUUCUGAUUUUAAUCAUGAAAGCAUGUCAAUAUGGGUCCAAUUUCAUUAUCAUAUUUUCAUUUUUUUUUUUUUUUUUUUUGGUUUAAUUAAAACUUUUCUGGUUUCUUUCUUGAAUGGUUUGAUGAACAGUUUGACAAUGAUGCUAAAUCAUUAAUAAUUUUACUUAGUUCAAAUUCAAGCUUUUUCCUCUUUUUGGACCAAUUAGGUCUGCAUACAGCUAGUUUUAAACUGUGUUCCUUGUUUAAUAAUGCUUUAAGUAUUAUGAUAGUGCUAAUUAUGCACAUUUCUGUAGAUUUAUUAUUGGUCAAUUAUGUGUUUGUUAAAAUAAACACGGAUUUUAUCAUAAUUGGUACAACA